AUGUCCGGAUACUCGGGUUAUGUGACGUCCUUGUUCUCAAGCAACUCCUCCAAUCAACAGCCUGCGCAAAACCAGAAUCAAUAUAGUCAACCCUCUUACCAAUCACACAGACAACCUCAUAAUCAAUACAACACCUACAAUCAACCUCAAUCCACCUACAGCAACUCCUCUCUUCCUGCCCAAAACUACCCUACCUCCGCUCAACCAACAACCACAGCCAGCAGCACUAGCAGCUGGACCUCCUCCCUCUCCAGCCGCCUAGCCAACCUUCGGAAAGGCCUGACCGCUUUCUCCUCAGCCGACGAGAAGGACGAUCCUGAUUCUGAAGACUCCAGCCACAUUUCUACCGUCCUGCGCGCAUACUAUAUCGAAAAGGGUCGGCCAUUCCCACCCUGGCUACCUCCCGAUCCGAAACAUCCAUCACCACAACCGGUCAUUCAGCAGCCGCAACAGAGUAAUUACGGGGGAUAUGCUGGAUAUGGUGCGAGCCAAAACGCAUAUGGCCAGCCUACACAACGGGGCUCUAGCGGAGCCAGCAGUGGAGGAGGAGGGGGCCUGACGGAUCUUUUUGGGACCAGCAGCACGAGCCCUACGCCGCCACAGUCGGCAAGCCAAUCUCUGCGCAAUAGGCCAGGCCAGCGACCUGUACCGCAGAGCCUUGGUUCUCACGCAGCCAGUCCACCGCCAGAGCAGCAACAGGCACUCAAUACCCGUCUGUUGCCCAGUCAGAGAGCUGGGAGCUAUCAGCAGCAGCAGCAGCAACAACAGCAGCAACAACAACAAGGUAGUAUUGGGUCAGCGGGGGGCGUUGGAUCAAGAGAUCGCUUGCGAGCACGACUUCAAGGCGGUGGAAGUGGGAGAAAUAGUCCAGUUCCACUUGUAUCACCAAGUGGUGGAGGAAGCUACUCUAGCCAGGGUAGCCAGGGCAGCGGCAGCGGGAGUUACGGACAGAGUGCUUAUGGUGGCACAGGUGCAGGAGGUGCACCAUAUAUCUCAUCGUCACAGCCGUGGUCCAGUGGAGGAAAUGACGGAGCUUUUGGGGGCGGUUAUGGUGGCGGCGGAGGAGGAGCAGGUGGAUACGGAAACGAUCCAGCACCAACACCAGCUCCUGUUAGACGACAACCACCCGGUGGCAUGGGACUACCUAGUGGACCUCGACUGAAGCCUGGAGGCCCGCGAUGA